CAUCAGAAUGCAAUCGUUAGGGCUGUCAACCCCUCUCGCUGGUACUGCAAUAUGGCAGCACAGCAUCCCUAAUCUAGCAACAUAGUCAACAACCGGCCGGCCCAUUUGGUACUGAGAGAUGCAUUUUUUCUCAACGCAUUCGUCGUCGGAUAUCCGAAUUCAUCGCCUUCGCGUCACUUGUGCCGCAUAUUGCCCGGUCAGUGGUGAGAGAGGGAGCGGAUUGCGCCGGUAGCUGGUGCUACCGGGUGUUUUUAGCUAGAACCUAGGCUAAGUGCCUUACUACUGCGGGGGCUUGAUAUUUAACAGCCAGCGGCCAGCCGAGGCUUUUCAGAUAGUUGACGAUCUUUGAAGUGUUCGGUUAGAACUGGAAAAUCUGUUUCUUGAAAGGUGCUUUAAAAGCCGUGUGGUGAAUUUAGGACUAAACCGGAUUUCUGCAGUGCGUUCUAGUUACAUUCAAGUUUCACGGUGAACGAAAGGAAAAUGGGAAUGCCAGUUAGGAAAUUAGUGAUACUAGUUGCUCUACAGCUGGUCCUGGUCGUACAGCUGUGUGUUUCAUCAAAGUUCGAUGAGAAACCUCAGUUCAUCAAAACAUGCAGAUUUUCGGAUGCCGAUUUUGUAGCCUGCUCCACCGAGUCGGUGCAGGGGCUGUUUGAUAAGCUAGUUACUGGAAUCGAAGGCCUCGAGCACGUCGGUACGAUCGACCCGAUGAAGAUCAACAAGAUCCGCAUCCUGCAGGGCGACGGGCCCGUGAGCGUCAACGCGUCCCUCUCCAAGGUGGUGGUGACCGGUUUCGCCAAUACGAAAGUAGUUCGCAAUGUAGUCAGCAGCCGGGACUUCAGCUGGGAGACGCACAUCAAGCUGCCGAAGAUGCGCAUCGAAGGGAGCUACCACAUGCAGGGCCGGAUUCUGGUGAUCCCACUCAACGGCCACGGCAAGUGCUGGUUCGAACCGAGUGACAUGGACAUCAUCAUGAAGACAACCACAACCCUGUACGAACGGGACAAUCACGUGUUCUACAACGUCACCGGGAGCAAAGUGGACUUUACCAUUUCCGGCCUGAAGCUGAACAUGGGAAACCUGUUCGAGGGGGUGAAAGUCCUCGAAGACAGCACCAAUCAGUACCUAAACGACAACUGGCGACCGGUGUCGGAAGCUCUGAAACCCAUCAUUGCCAAAACCAUCGAGGACAUCCUGCUGGCAAUCAUGCAGAACAUCUUCCACCAAAUUCCGGCGGAGUACUUUGUGGCUGAUUUACCAAGAUCGGGUUAGCAGCGGAUGCCCGCCGUAUAAGAAACCGGUAAGAUCCUCAUUUUGUAUUGCAUCUUUUCCUAGCUAAUAGUUGUAAAUAAAUUCCACCUGCUAGAUUUGAUUUUCCGUUUUUGUUUUUUGCAACUGAACGCAAUGAAGUUAUUCAUCCGAAAGCCAUGAAUUUUGUCAUCAAAUGCAAUGAAUUUUCCUACGUGAAUCCAUAGCUAAUCGUACCGAACCGAGCAAGCUUCGCGCGUGGACCGGGCCGUUCCUCAUCGAGUCUAUAGCUAGCGGAGGGUAGGUACACACAUGGAGGUGUACGUUCAUCAUCGUUUCACCCGUUUCAGUCUCAAGUAGUCGUUGUUGUUGGUGUUGUUCUGUGCAGUGGCGAACGUGAAAUCGUAGGGGUAUUACCUGCUCGCCCAGAUGACCGCCUGUUAAUUUCAGAUGAUUUCGAUUUCACUUUUGCGUUCAGCGAAGAACGCUGUGGAGGCCAUUUUCAUGGCCAUUUCGCCCUAACUUUUGCGACUGAGAGUGAGAUGUCGAUUGGAUAUGAUCGUGGUGGGGUGACGCAUAGGACCGUGUCUGA